CCAAGGCCCUUGACGGCUGAUCGUCUCUUGCUCCUCAGCGACUUAGCCGAGGCAAUUUGGUAGAGGCCUGCAGUGUCAGCCGAGGCAGCGCGAGAAUGCUUCUUCUGGCUGCAUUGGCAGCUUCCGGCCAGGCUGGGCCGCGCGACGGUAGCGGUAGCGACGAGGCGGCGGGCCUCAAUCUGCGACACUGGCUCUCUGGACUCACCAUCAGCUGGCCGGACACCACAGUCGUCGUCACGUCCCCGGAGCGUGAUCCUCGCGGCGGGCACCCGCUCUACGUCACCAUCUCCGGCGCUGUGUGCAGCAAAUCACACAUGGAGGCGGUGAGGUCCGAGUUCCUUGAUGGCCAUCUGUCGAGCGAAGCCGAGGCGUCGAGCGAGCUGUACGUCGCAGUGGACCACUUUGGCGUGGAGUGCGAGGUUUCCCGCGUGCUCGUCGAGCAGGCGCCGCCCGCGAGGUCCGGCUCGAUGCUGGUCCCUCUCCAGCUCGGCGAGAAGCUGUACCUCGACCUGUACUCUGCCCGCAACUGGCCCACCGGCGUCACCUUCACGCUGAGCGACGCCUCUGUGGCGACGCGGCUGCGCCUCUUCACGGUCGGCGAGGAGCGGCUGCCGGAUCUCGACCUCAUUGACACGCAGCUCGACCUGCGACCCGAGCACCUCUCCGUGAGCCUGCACGGCGUCGGCCUGCCGCUUCCAGGCGCCGACCUUCUCGCAAACACUGCCCUCUCCGCGGUGAUGCUCGGCUGGGGGGCCGCCGAGCGCCUCGACUACUCCGGUCUCCUCUCGUCGAUGCUUUCGUCCUCGCUGCGCGCCGCCUUCGCAGAGCAGGCGCUUGCCGCGAAUGGCGGCGGAGGUGCA